AUGUGCAUGAGCUGCCAUCGGCGCGGCGUAGAAUGCGAGGGUUACGCUCUACGUUGGGUCGGCCUGGCAGCCAGGGGUAGCAUGGCCGGUCGGACAUACCAGUCCGCUACUGAUGACCCCACCCCGCGAAAGGAGCAGGCCUCAGUCAGCUUACUUUCGAAAAAUGACGACUCCAACGUCAGACGUGCGCUGCCACAGCGGCUGAACGCCGCCAGGGUCCUGUCGUACGCCGAUCAGUACCACCACUCAGCCAAUUCCACCCCAAGCGAUGAUGGGACCAAUUUCCACAUUGUUGCCUUACCGUGCCGACGACCUACAUGGACAAUGACCACCGCCUUACUUCCUCCCGAUAGUGUGCCGGUCUUGGUCAAAUAUUACGCGCGCGAAAUAAGCACAGCCUUCUAUCUGGGCAAUGGCCCUGCGCAAACUCCCUACACGCAGCAUAUACUACCAAUGACCAAGAAUGUCCUCUGCAUUCGGUAUGCCGUGGCGGCGACGGCGUCUUGCCAUAUUGGCAACAGACUUGAAGACAGCAAGUUGAGAAUGCAGAGUCUCCACUUGCGGCUGGAGGCCACAAAGGCGCUCAGACAGCAACUGAGAAACGAAAUCGAGGAAACGGACGUUUCUAGUAUUGCUUGUAUGGUGUUGCUUGCCCAGCUCGAUCUCUGCUCUGGGGACUGCCUGGAAUUCGGAACACACUUGAAUGCAGCAAGUGAUAUUGUGAAGCGGCAUGGUUCGGAUGGAACUGACCGAGGCUUUUUCGAACAACGUCUUGCAUGGCUAGAUAUCAUGGGUGCGACGACAUCGUCUCGAAUGCCGCACUUGAAGCCUGAGCAUAUCAAAGCCGCCUUGAACAAGUUCAAAACCCCAUCCGGUCGCAAAUGGGGAUUCGACGUUUUUGACUGCCCUAUUGAUCUAUUCGAGUACAUUGCAGACAUAACAGUAUUGCAUAAGCUGCAUAUCUCUUCACGAAUACCAUCCGAUGAAACCUUGAGAAAAGCCAUCGUCCUUGGAAAUGCUGCUAAGACGUGGAAUGGAUCUGAUAUCCUGUCUGACCAACGAGGAGACAUGAUCGAGAUCUGGAGACGUGGGGUCUUACUCUAUCUCGUUCGCUUAUUCCAGCUAUCGGAGGAAACAUUCGAUACUUCAUAUUUACUAGAAGAUGUCUUUCGGCGGGCGGAAAGACUAUCCUCAGAGAAGAAUCGGAAGUUCUCAACGUCAUGGCCGUUGUUUCAAGCAGGUUUAUGUCUAAAUCAGGGAUCUCAUGAACGGAAACAACAGUUGCGAGAAGAAUUCGCAAGCCAUUUUGCGACACUUGGAUGUUGCAAUCCAAAGCUUGCAAUAAAUGUAUUAGAACAGGUUUGGCAGACCGGUGAUACGCAGAUUCUUGAUUCGCAGACGUUACUGUUUUAG